AUGGCUCCCUUGGCAGGCCGGCAGGCUGAGUUAACGCGAGAGCCACUGCAAAAAUUUCUAGGCACAGUGACUGUACAGUUGUCCCAAUUGACACAAUUCGAGGACAACCAACCUGCCUUGCAGCCAAACGAAGACAGAGUUAAGGUCUGGAAACGCAACUUUCGACGAUCCGCUGUCAAGGACGCCAUACAUGAGAAUCACCUCAGUGCAGUGGUCCGCAGUCAGAGUCUCGACCGCGCCCUACAAGUCAAAGGACUCAGUCGAACGGUACUUCAAGCUCGUGACUCGAUUGAUUACGUGAGGUUGGAAUUUCAGCAUGGCGAGUUGGUAUGUCUCGAUGGGCGCUCCCGAGUUAUGGCGGCGCGCGAUAUCCCUCCGGGGGAUCGGCUGUGGCCAAUUGACUUAUACCGUGAAGAUAUAUCACUAGAGCUACGAAACAUGUUAAAAAGAAAGCACGUGGUUCAAGCUCCCCUCAGCGACGGCGAGAUCUUCCUUACUAUUGAGCAAUAUAGGCACACUGGUGAUCUUGAGUCGGCGAGGGAUUGGUGUGCCUAUCUCUCCCCAACAAAGGAGGAUAACCUGAUCCGCAUAGCCGGAACCGAAAUUGGUGUUCUUUUGACAUCACUGCAGCGGAUACCAGCGCUAUGGGAUGGCAUUCAUCUAGGCGUGCUCCACAAGAUCCGGUCUCUUCAUGUGAAUUCAGAAAUCGUGCACUAUCUCACCGAGAUCAAGGAUUUUUUCACAAGACUGGUUAGCCAGGAUGAGGGACGUAUGACGGAGCUCACAGGGCGACAUGUUGUCACCCUACAAGGUGUCGCACCGGGAACGGUUAAAGAUGAAGGCUGGGAGCAGUUUUUACAAGAUGGAAGAAUUCUAGGGGCUUUCAGUGCAGUCGAACGUAGCCUUAUUUUAUCUCGGAGAUUUUUGAUCCCAACAUUGUUCACAUUUUUUCAGGAUGUCCAUAUUCUCAAUCAAUGCGCCCCCGUGAUCCUAAAACUAAUCGAUAAAGCCAACCUAGUUCCUGACAUUGGAUCACGCGAACCGGAUAUACGAGCGUCGAUGCAACAUAUGUUCGAAAGAAAAGUUGACGCACAGCUGAGUGACAACUUCCAAAUUGAAGUAUCUGAGACAAGUACCCGAACUGUGACAGCUGAUAGCAGGUUGCGCUUCGAACUCGCAUAUCGGCAGCUUUGGAUAUACACAAUUCGGCAUAUUCUUCGGCCAGAUCAUCGGAGGCACAGAAAAAUCAGGUUUCAUAUCGAUGUAGAAGGCGAGACUAAAAUGGUAGCGGUCUUUGCCUCGAAGCUUGGCUUUUCGUCCAAUGCCAUACAGUACCUCAUUUCACAGGAAGGCCAGUCAAGGUCGAGACACUUGACAUGCGAGUCUUCCGCCAGAAUAUAUGCAGAAUCGGCGGAGACAUACGGACUUCCUAGCCCCCAAACAUGGCAAUGGGAUUGCCAAUUCCUCUUUUUGGACCAUAUAUAUACUAUACGAAACGAGUCCAGAAUUACAACAUUUUUUGUGUUACAGAGUUUGUUCUACAAUUUUUUUGGAUUUCCACAAGGGUUUUCGCCAAUUAGUGAAAUACAUGGGAACGGCAACAUGGACCACAGCAAUUACCAUAACAUGAACCACAACGUGGACGAGAAUACGGGUGAAAAUCUGGACCACACUAUGGACGAUGCUGUGAACCACAACAUGAACCACGUGGACAAUAAUAUGGGUGAAAAUCUAGACCACACUAUGGACGAUGCCGUGGACCAUAACAUGAACCACAGCGUGGACAAUAACAUGGGUGAAAAUCUAGACCACACUAUGGACGAUGCCGUGGACCAUAACAUGAACCACAGCGUGGACAAUAACAUGGGUGAAAAUCUAGACAACACUAUGGAAGGUGCUGUGGACCCCAAUGGGAUCGAUGGCAUAUCUGGGGACGACUACAGGAACCCAUCACCGACAGCUGGUCCUGAAAUACUUCCACACCUUCGAUAUCCCGAUACGAGCGACUCCAUUGACGUGUCUGAGAAUCCUGUAUCUCAAAUCAAUGUGGAUCUCACGAUCAGUAGAAUUGACGGCAUGCUGAGUGAUGUUUCAAAACUUGAAUCUGAUAUAUGCUGGAUUGAUGCCAACUUAUGUAAACACCGUGGUGUGUUGCAUAUUUACGAUGCCAACACAUUAACAUCAAAGGAGCAAAAGCGGCUCCAAGACCUUCGAUCCCAGGCCGAUGCCCUGCAGUUGCAGGUGGAUUUACGACUUUCCGGUCUUGCAAAUCCACGUGAAAUGUCUUCACUCUUGAAAUUCGAACUACAGCACAUAAAAGAAGGAUUGUUGAAACCUGUGCAGGAUAUUAAUCCUGCAACAAUCCAAGCUUUAAAUGAGAGCAAUCAGCUCUACACACGACUAGUCAACAUAUUGCCUGGCAUUAUCAACCAUUACCGCUGUCAAGCUGAUGAUGACAUAUCAUUCACACAGCAAAUAUCUACUCACAUUAAUCAAUAUAAGGUCGUAUCUAACACCAUGGAAAUAUCACACCUGUUUCAUACUAGUAAUCCCGUGUUCCAGGAGUUUUGUGGUAUAGGGAAACAUCUUAAGGAAAUGAUAAUUGGAGAACAACGUGCGGAGCAGCUGGAAAUAUUGAAAAACAAGAAAAUCGAGUGGGACAGUUGUUUCCGGCUGCUACAAAAGUGGACUAAAUCAAAAACCACUUUUGAAAAUGCACAAAAUACUGUGACCACCCUGGAUGAGCAAUCGUGUUACGCCAUACAUAUCAAGCAAUCACACUGGAUAGAUGAAUUUCACUCCUCUUCUAAACAGUUUACAAAUUUUAUACAGAAUACACAACCUAUAGUGCGAGAAUACGCAAGCAACAAUUUGAGGCUGAAAUUCCAAGAGCAGACUAGGCGCGUGAGCUUAAUCAAGAAGAACUGCAACUAUGUGACGGAUGAGAACAAAAAAGCCCAAAUUAAAGAGGAGCUUCUCAAGGAGCAUGAAGUGCUACAAUCCGACAUGACACUUCUAGACCGAUUGGGUCCCAAUGCCGUAAUUGAUGCUAUGGUCAAUACUACGACAGAUUGUGAAAAUCGAAUACUCUCGCGAGGGAAAGUCUUAGACCAGCUGGAAUCGAGACUUCAAGAACAGUUAGAUGAAUUCCAAAGAAGGCUGUGCAAAAUAUACAGUCAUGUUGAGUGUGUUGUUGGACAUCUUGCGAAAGACCAUGAUUUUGGACAAGAAUUCAAAGAUGCAUAUGGCAAAUUUGAAACGGUCAAGAAUAACGGUGCUACACAAACUCUUGAAAGCGGGAAGAUGGCGGUCGAUACUGCAUGGAAACAGGCUGGAGUUGUAGAAGAUUCAGUGUACCAUGGACUGACACAACUGAUACAGGGAAAAGUGAAGGAACUACUCGGGACUACCGCCCCUCCCACACAACAAGAAAAGCAGUCUCAGUUGAGUGGUCAGUGCAACAUAAUACAAGAUCGAAUAAAUCAAAGGCAAGGCCAUAUCAGAGACAAUAUUGAGCUCGAUGCCAGCCCUAAUACAACAGAAUGUGCCACAAUUGAACAGCUCGCCCAUGAUUACUGCGAGAUUUUGAAAGCGAUGAAUGACGAACUGGAUAGCUGGAAGAAUAUGGAGUACUCUCCCCCCAGUGAAGCUGGAAAUGCUCCGCAUAAGGAAACACAGCGAAUCAUUGACAGCACCACUACUCCGCAAAGAAAGCGAAAAACAGCAGAUGAACAAGGUCCACGGCGAAGUGUACGCCAAAAGGAACGCAUACAGGUCAAAUUCUGGGUCAGGCUCGCACCCAAAAAAUGGCGGCCGAUACUCUUCGAUAUAAAGCAGCUGCAUUUGGCGGCAUUGGGGGCAAAAUUCACCCAGGAUGGUUUUACUCUCGAGCGAGUUAAAUCCACGGGAACAACAGAUCCUGUUAAUCUAUCAAUCAGCAGUGGAUAUAUUACCUUGAACGGUGUGAUAGGAUUGGUUGCGUACAAGGAACGUAUUGAUUGGCAAAGUAGUUACGGCAGGUAUCUUGAUACUGUAGCAUCUUUCUUACAAGUGAAGUGGGAACCUCAAUCUGGGAGAGAUAGGCCCUGGGAUGUAGCAGACAACAAUCUCGAUUUUGACCUAAAAUCAGCAGCGGAUGAGGUAGAGGAUGAUGAAAUCUUAUAUGGCAUCGACGAACGCGUAGGGGCUGCUGCAAUAGCACCUAUGCUCCAGUUUCGAGAUAUACAGACAAAGAGGACAGAAUACAUGGGUGCAUCGACCACUUCCACGGUGUAUGCGGCUGAACUAAGAGGGAUCGACCUGGCAUUUCAGAUUGUACUUGACAUACACUCAAAGACGAACACGCCUGGAAAAUGUGUGGUCUUUACCGACAAUCAAGCCGCCAUUCAAGCAAUGGCCAACCCGAAAUGUCCCUCGGGACAGUAUAUCCUAGCAGAGGCCAUACGAUCACUCGACAAACUCCGAGAUCAGGGUUGGGAAGUGCAGAUUCGAUGGAUUCCAGCACACAUAGGGAUUCCAGGUAACGAAGCAGCCGACCGAGCAGCCAAGGAAGCCGCCGGUCACAAUCCCAACACAAGAACGAACCCAGAGCCACAGCCAGAACCGGAAUCUGUCCAAACCCUAACGGCAACCACAAAAUCGGCCAUCCGACGGACGAUGAAAAGCGAGUGGGAAAAAUCUUGGGAAAAGGCUAAACAUGGCAGAGAACUGUUCAGACUUGGUGUUCGGCCCGGAAAGGGGGUACUAACCACACAUAUCGGCACACACAGAGCGAUUAGCUCGGUCAUUACACAGAUGCGCACAGCCAAGAUAGCCCUACGCGCAUAUCUCCACAGCAUCGACAAGACCGACACCGAUCAAUGCCAAUGUGGACACGGGCGCCAAACAGUGCGCCAUAUCCUGCUAGAAUGCAGGAACUGGACGGACGAACGACACCGAAUGUGGGCAGGCAAGCAUCCAUGCAUAGACAUCAAAAGCAUUCUCUGUAGCCCGACAAUGGCAGUACAAGCAGCCAAGAUGAUGUUGAGGACGGGACUCCUGGAGCAAUUCCGGGCAGUUCCAACCACAGUACUGAAAUACACAUAA